AUGGCGCACCAUUGCUACGCUGUUUCGCUUCCUUCCUACUUCGAAGAAACCCUCUGCACUUCCUUUGAGACUAGACUGGGCUCGCAGCGAUUAGGAGACAUGUCCAACGUAACUGUCUGUGCGCGAUUUAGGCCACUAAGCUCAAAAGAGAUGCGAGAUCACAGAGAUGGUGUCUGCGUUCGACGCAUCGACGCUGAAAACUUCGUUUUCCAAGAUGACAAGGAAGAUGAGUUUACCUUCAGUCUAGAUAGAACUUUUUAUGAGGACUCUGCUCAAGCUGCGGUUUAUGAGUUUCUGGCUCUGCCAAUCAUGAUCGACGCUGUGAACGCUAUAAACGGAACAAUCAUCACUUAUGGACAGACAGGGGCUGGAAAGACGUAUUCCAUGGAGGGACCAGGCAUCCAUGACUGUGAUGAGCACAAGAAAGGAUUACUCCCAAGAGUGGUCGAUGGGAUGUUUGAGCAAAUCAGGUCUUCCAACGAUAUUGCAAGAUACUCUGUUAAAUUGUCUAUGGUAGAGAUCUACAUGGAGAAAGUCAGGGACCUGUUGGAUUUAUCAAAAGGAAACAUACAGAUCAAGGAGAAUAAAACGCAAGGAAUACUCUUGUCAGGCGUUACAGAGGUGCCUGUAUCAGACUCGGCCGACGCAUUACAACAUCUAUGUACCGGUUUGGCAAACCGCGCAGUUGGGGAAACCCAAAUGAAUAUGUCCAGCAGUAGAAGCCACUGCGUUUACUUAUUCACAAUCCAGCAGGACUCAGUGAAAGAUAAGAGGGUAAAAACAGGAAAACUGAUUCUUGUCGACCUGGCUGGCUCAGAGAAAGCAGACAAAACUGGAGCAGAAGGUAGGGUUCUUGAAGAGGCGAAGACUAUCAAUAAAUCGCUCUCCGCCUUAGGGAAUGUGAUAAACGCUCUUACAAGUGGCUCAACUAGUAAAGCGAAUCACAUACCAUACCGCGACUCCAAGCUUACUCGCAUCUUGCAGGAUGCACUGGGUGGGAAUUCUCGAAUGGCACUGCUCUGCUGUUGCUCACCAAGCAUUUCGAAUGCAUCUGAGACGCUCUCAACCCUCAGGUUUGGCAUGAGGGCAAAGCACAUAAAAGCAUCACCACGUAUCAGUGAAGUAAAACUUGCCAAGACACAGGAGGAACCCUCCUCCGUAGCGAAAGAUGAAAAAUGUGGGAGGAUCCUAGAGAAGAUGAAAGAGAGAAUGAGCAAUGAAGACAUCAAAAUGCUAGAAGAAAUGUUCAUACAGGAAGGGAUCAUUUUCAGCCUAGAUUCUGUGGAAGAAGUGGAAACAGCAUACGAAGAUACUGUAUCGAAAACUAUAAAAUCCUUACAGCAGACAGUUGAAGAGCUCCAACUGAAAGUCAAAAAGUUGGAAACAGAAAACAAGAGUAUUCGGGAACAAGCACUGCUGAAUCACGAAUCUGAUCAGGUUGGAAAGAUGUCAAGGCUCAUCAGUUCUUGGUAUGCAUCUUUCUUUACAUCUUAA